AUGACUACUGAUAUUGAAAUUCGCGUUAAUUUAUUUGAUGGAAUUCUUAGUGGAACUUAUAAACCUACAAACGUGCUUUCAUUCAUCGUUUAUUAUAUUGCACAUUAUCCAAAUGUGAAAAAGAAAAUGUCAGAAGAAAUUGAUAAUAUAUUUCAAGAUGGAUGGAUGAAAAUUUUGAGCCAAAGAAGAAUUCUUAAUCAUGUUUGGACUUUGGUGGAGGAUUAUGAUUAUGCCCGGGAAGAAGUUAGCAGUGCAAUGAUUGAAUUAGUUUGUUUGAUGGCUUUAUUGUUUAGAAAAUAUGAAAUUAAUUUAGUAGAGAACAUGUUAUAUACUGGUUAUACAAUAUUGAUGGUUUUGGUCGUACGGUAUAGUGGUAUAAGAUCUUAUAAAGGAAAUUUAAAAAAUGUUAAUGAUAUGCAUUUAUGCAAAGUUAGGGUAAUUUUAGGGUGGCAACUUUCAUGGACCACUCCUUUAAAGAUAACAAUCCAAGGCUCUCACGUUCCGCAUAAUUUUCCGAUUAACAAUCACGAAGUUACACGUAUUAAUAAUUUGGUCUAUCAAACAAGGGAUAUGGUUUUUAAGGACAUCAUGCUGAUCAUCAAUAAGGUAAAAAUUCUUGCUCCUUUAAAUGGAGCAUCAGAAGAAAAAAUCGGAGAAGCCCUUAAUAAUCAACAAAAUUUAUGCUCUAAAAAUCCAAAUGAAUCUGAAAAUUCUCCAGCAAAGUAUUAUCAAUUAACGGUAUCUGACGAAAUGGAAGAGAUUUUGUCCGAAGGAUUAUAUACUUCUACACUUGAUGACGUGAUGUCCAUGAAUAAGCAUGUUACAUAUUUCAAAGAUAAACAACGAGUUUUACCAAGUUCUAAUAAGAAUUUAUUAAUUUAUAAUGGAAGUGUUGCAUAUCAGGAAAUAAUUCGUCUUUAUAAUUUACAAGAUAUUUGUCCUUUUUGUGACGAAAUUUUACCUAAUCCAAUGCCUUAUAAGACGAAAUUAGUAUUAGAUCAAUUAAAUAAAAUCAAGCAUAUUAUUUCGUCUUUUGUCGUACAAAAAAUUCUGAAUUAUUGGUUAAAGUACAUUUAA